AUGCAAGAAAUGCGUGUGAACGAUAUUGUGAAGGGACGGUACUCCACCUACCAGCUGCAGGACCUUAUCGGCAAGGGUGGCAACGCGGUGGUGUAUAGCGCCAUUGAUCGGAGUACGGGGCUUGUAGUGGCUGUUAAAAAAAUUAUGGCCUCGGAUGACACGGUGAUGGCAACGUGGCGUAAGGAGGUUGCAAUCAUCAGUUCUCUCGAGAACCCGUACAUUAUCCGCUACAUUGAUCACGCCCGCUCUGGCAAUGCUUUCCUUAUCGUCACUGAGUACGCCCAGGGGGGUUCUCUGUUUCAGCAACUGAAGCGGAAUGGGCGUUUUAGCGAACGGGAAGUGGCGCGUUUUAUGUUCCAAAUUACCGCUGGA